UUUUCCUUCCUUCCUUCCUCCUCCUUCUGUUUCCCUUUGUCUUUGUUGAAGGAACGCAUUUGCUUGUCUGUAAGGAAGGUAUGGUUAUUGGACUUAUGCGAAGAUGUGAUCUUUCUUGCUUGGUGUCGUUUGCUAUGCGUUCCUCGGUUGUUCGAUGGUGCGGUGAUCCGGGUGUUUUUGGAUCGAACACGAUUCAAGUGUUUUCUUAAGAUGCUUUUCUUUGAAGCGAUCGCUUGAACUUUGAUUUGGUUCCUCCACUUGUGCUUCUCUCCAUUGUUUCAGUUAAGAAGAAGCCAUUUUGAUCAUUUGGGCCUUUUACUUGGUUUUCUAUUUGCUGGGCAUCGCUAGUUUUGCAUCAUGUGAUUCGGAAAAAUGGGAAUCGGAAGUGUGUUUGACGAACUGGACAAGUGUGACAUGAACUAUGGCCUGUGUCUUCGAUACUUGCAUCUACUGACAUCAGUCAACGAGAUUUUGCUUUUUAUCUGCAGUAAAUCCAGCGGCGGAGAUUUUGUAAUGCAUACCCACCAAUGUACCAAUUGGAUUGUCCUCGAUUCAUUGUCAGAUGGGCUUCCCUUCAUAGAAGUAGUGCUUUUACUUCUGGCAAUUGCCGUUGUCGUCCAAGGCAAUGGAAGGGGUGGUGAUGGCUAUUGCAAUCACAAGCGCGGUCCAACGCCAAGACCACACAGUGUCACCAUUACAGAGUUUGGGGCAGUGGGAGAUGGAGUGACCUCCAACACUCUGGCCUUUCAGAAUGCAGUUUUCUAUUUGCGAUCAUUUGCCGACAAGGGUGGUGCUCAGCUGUAUGUUCCUAAAGGGAGAUGGCUGACAGGAAGUUUCAACCUAACCAGUCACCUCACCUUGUUCCUGGACAAAGAUGCUGUUAUAAUUGGCAGUCAGGAUGCAUCUCACUGGCCUGUUGUUGAGCCUUUGCCGUCUUAUGGACAAGGGAUAGACCUUCCUGGUCCGAGGCAUCGCAGCUUGAUAAAUGGAUACAACUUGACGGACAUAGUGAUAACAGGUGAUAAUGGGACUAUUGAUGGACAGGGUUCUGUCUGGUGGGAGUGGUUCCACUCCCAGACCUUGAAUUACAGUCGUCCUCAUCUUCUUGAACUUGUGAGUUCCAGUGACAUUGUGAUCUCAAAUUUAACUUUCUUGAAUCCCCCUGCCUGGAGUAUCCAUCCAGUCUAUUCUAGCAAUGUGGAGAUCCAGAACGUCAAAAUCCAUUGUUCAUCUGCUUCUUCAUAUACUAAUGGUAUAGUACCAGAUUCAUGCUCGAAUUGCUGCAUCCUAGAUUGCAGCAUCAGUGUUGGACAUGAUGCCAUUGCUCUGAAGAGUGGUUGGGACAACUAUGGUAUCUCUUUCAACAGACCUUCCUCAAACAUUCACAUCAACAAUGUCCAUCUGCAGACGUCCCUCGGUUCAGCACUUGCUUUCGGCAGUGAGAUGUCGGGCGGGAUCUCAGACAUACAAGUCGAGCAACUCCAUAUCCAUGAUUCUUUCACUGGUAUAAAAUUCAAGACCACCCGUGGACGAGGUGGCUACAUCGAAGAUAUUAUCAUAUCAGAUGUGGAAAUGGAAAAUGUUCACGAAGCAUUUCAAAUCACGGGCCAUUGUGGUGCACAUCCUGAUGACCAAUAUGAUCCAGAUGCUCUCCCGAUGAUCAAGCAGAUCACCAUAAAAGAUGUGGUCGGCACCAAUAUCUCGAUCGCUGGAUCUCUUUCAGGAAUGGAUCAUGGUCCCUUCAGUGCCAUCUGCCUUGCAAACAUCAGUUUGUCUGUCACCUCAGGUGCUUCCAAUUCUUGGAUUUGUUCCAAUGUUUCUGGAUUCUCUGAAUCAGUCGUUCCACAACCAUGCUCUGAUCUGAGUUCGAAUUCUUCUCUCUCCUGCUUUUCCCUCGAAAACUUCAAUGCUCUUGUGGAUUUCCAAUAAGAUAUUUUUGCAUGCAAUUAUCAUUUGUUUAUUCUCUUUCAGCUCAUCAUUGUCUUUGCCAAUUCUUUCCAAUAAAUCCCGAGAAAUUCAAGUUUCGGUACCCCUCCCUCCAUCACCCGUCCAAUGUGCUUGUUUGUACAGCUAGAUUUCUUCAUUCAGUGUCUGUAAGAAAAAAUUUUUGGUAGUAGUUGGAAUUCAGAUGUUUGAUUGUGCUGUCAUUGGCUGUUGCUUUGUUCAAUCAUCAUCAGUAGUUUGUAUAUUCUAUCCUGUGUACUGGAAUUCAGGAAGGAGAUUGUAGUGGCCAUGGAAUGAGAUGGCUUAUGUGUGCCACAUGGCUUCUUGAUAUCAAUAUAAAAUAAGGUGGUCUGCACAGGAGUUCAUCUA